AUGUCUCUUCAGAAGACGCUCAACCAAAAAGAGGGCCUCAUUAUCCCAUACGAGAUCCUCCUGAACGUUAUGGACGAGCUCACUCUUGAGGCCGAAGAAUCUCAGCAACAAAAGGUCUGGUGGAUCAAAUACGAUUCCGAAUUCCCGGAGAAGCUACUUCUGAUCGACGACUACAAUGGGCCACCUCAGGGAUCACCGCAGCGAGCACGUUUCCGGGCUAUCCGCCUUGUGUCACAGAUCAACAGACAGAUGAGAUCAAUGGUUCACCAGAAGUUCCGACGGUUCCCUUUGCAGGAGCGCCAUACUCCCUCAUCUGUCAAGGCCUGGGUGGUCUCUCGCAUUGAUGCUUUCAUUCCCUAUUGCUCACAAAGCUCUGUCGAACUGACUCCAGAAGAGCACUGGUUCCUCCAGAACCUCACUUUGCCCACCCCGAAAGGCCAUGCUAUAGUUGCUUGUCUGGAGCGACUGUACCUUCCAUCGACUUAUUAUCUCACCAUAACUAACGCCGAUGCGGUCCGAAUGGUAUCAACUCUUCCUAAUCUAAAACAAGUGUCAAUGAACGUCGGCAUGUUCAAUCAUGAUAUUCUAAUGACGCCAGGAAAAAGACAUUGUGGGAUCAUACCCAUUGACGAAAACAUCUUCCCUGAGCUCUCGUCGUGGGCUAUCCUGAGUCCAUCUUUUUUCCACAUGUGGGGACCCUUCCAGAAGAGAGGCAUCAAGCUCUAUGGAACGCUUAUCAAUCCUGCGGAGCCCAUGAUGGAGCUGAUCAUCACCAAGGAGUACAUUCGUAUCAAGUUCUUGGAGCCAGACUGCCCUUGCUGCGAACUUGCCAAAACCGGCAAAGGGAACGCUAUGUAG